AAGGGACGGGGGUCCCUUUGUGGGGAUUGAGGGCUCGGAGGGACUCGGGGUCGCGCUGAGGACCGUGUGUCUCUCUUUGGGGUCAGAGUCUCGCAGCAGGACCUGUGAGGGUCCGGGGGUCGAGCCGCCGGGACUGGAACCGCCUGAGCAUUCUGGGGCUCUGGCAAGUCUCUCAGGACCCUCUAGGACCUGAGGUCCUGCCGAGGGGUAGUGGCACCGCGGAGCGGAUAGGGACCCGAGCAUGUUCGUCCCUCGCGAGGGAGAUCUGGGGACUCUGCGGACCAGGGUCCUGCGGAAGCGUAGUCCAUCGAGGGUAUCGGGGCGCGUGGACGGGCCAGGGAGCCCUGAGAGGAGGCGCCAGGCCCCGGGAUCGGGGUGGCUCAGGGAGCGCGAAGGUCCCGGAAUUGCAGACAGCACGGUUGAAACCCUCAGGUCUCACGCGGCUCCGGGUCCAACCCCUUGAGUCAGUUCUUCCAACUUCGCCCGGCCCCUCGUGGGGAGGCUGGUGCGGGGCGAGGGCGGGGACCCCAGCCCCGAGGGGUUCGGACUGGGCAGAGGAAGGGGCAGCCUGAAGGGGACUGGAAGGCGGCCUCACCCUGCCUGGGGCGGGGGGAGGGGUUCCCCGAGGAGGGGCGUUGGCGGAGGGCCUGAAGGAAGAGAGUUGAUGGAGGGGUGCUUGGAAGUGGGGGUCGUUCCCGGCCGGGGUGCGGGUCUCGGUGGGAGAGGAGGGAAGGGCUCUCGGGAACAGGAUGGAGGAAAGUCGCAUUGACGUGAAUUAGUAGGAUUCUCAGACUCUCGGGUCAAAGAUCCGGGGAAAGGCUUUGAGCAGAGGAGGACCGUGGCCUGAUGGGAGGCUCCAGAAGAUCUUUGGAGAUCUGCAGAGCGUGGACCCCAAGCCUGGAGGCUGCUGGGUCGCGGGACUUGAGAAACAUGCCUGGGCGGACUUUGGGAGCUUUAGGUGGAGGGACGCGUGCCUUUUUUCCCUCCUUCCUUUCCAUUGCCUUGCUUUCCUCCUCUUUCCAUUCUUCUUUCCUUUCCUUCCUCCUUCCCUCUCUCCCUCCGUCGGUCCAACCUGACGUAGGGAUGGGCGGUUGCUGGGGCUUCCCGGGAAGGGCGUGGAGGAGGCACGGUCGGCGAGCUCGGCAGAGAGGUCUGGGCUGGAGGUGCCCGUGUGCUGGGCCAGGUCGGUGGUUAAAACCCUGGCAGAGGAUGCGGUCACAAGGGGAGAGGCUCCCCAGGCUCUAAAGUUUGGAGAGCGGCUAGUGGAAGGCGCUGGGGGGCGGCGGAGGAGGGGUCCUAGGAGGAAUGGCGGGCCGCGGACCCCGCGGCACACUGGGUUUGGAGGGGCCCACGGUCCCUGGUCAUUGGUGCCCGCCAGCCAAUCUGCACUUGGGGGUUGGAGAAGGUAAGCAGUGAGACUAGGAGACUGGUGAGACCUCCCAACCCCGUUAUUGAAAACAUAUUCUAGUCUCGGUUUACGAGGCUCAGGCAUAGAGAGAAUAUCCUGUUAGAGGGUUAUUUGAAGGGUAAAUUUCUCAGCAGUCAUUCUGAAUUACAGUGCUAGGUCGAUAUCCAUCACACCAGAGCUUUUCCCAUUAAAGUUAGCUUAUUCUUGCCUGAUUAAAAAAUAAUUUUAAUAAUUAAUUUUAAUAUUAAUCUUUAUUUAAUUUUAGUUGUUAAUUAUAAUACCAUAAUACCCGUAGGCAGCUCUCCUGAGCACAUAAUAUUACAUAAUUACUGAUGGCAAAUGGGUAUUUCCUGCAUUCAAGCAGGUAAACCCAGCUUCAUGUUCAGACUGAUUACCAAAAUCAUUUCUUCCAAAACUUUUUAAAGUAGGUAUAUGAAAACGUGUUGUGAAUUGUUGUUUAAAAGGCCAUUACACAGAACUUGGUGAGAAAAUUCCUAAUUAACAAACAGUUAUCCCAGGGCCAGCCCUGAUGGCCUAGUGGUUAAGUUUGGUGCGCUCUGCUUCAGCAGCUGCAUUUGGUUCUGGGGGCAGCUGCACACCACUGGUCUGUCAGUGGUCAUGCUGUGGCAGGGGCUCACAUACAAAAAGAGAAAGACUGGCAAUGGAUGUUAGCUCAGGGCAAAUCUUCCUCAGCAAAAAAAAAAAAAAAAAAAAAAAAAGUCAUUCCACUCAAAUAUCUUGCUCCUGAAACAGGCAGUGGCCAGAAAUAGAUGCUUUCCAAGGAGGUUGAUUACAAAAGGAGGGAGAGGAGGAGAGGGUGAUGGAGCCCCCAGGCAUAAUUUAAGACGGGAAAGACUUUGGGGGACCCAGCCGCCAGGGUGAAGGUUGAAGCUUGAAGCUCACCAGAGACAGUUGGUGCGUGGGUGGGACAGUAGGAGAGAAGCCGCUUUCCCUGGGUGUGCCAAGCUCCUCCUCCAUGGGGAGGGUGGUAGUGAGGGUACAGGAAACAGAAGAGGAAGCACCCCAUUUCCAGAUGAGGAAACCGAGGCUCAGGGAGAUUAAUACCUGAAAUCCAUAGCAGAGGCUGGAGGGGAACCCCAGUCUCUGCUCCAGUGCCUGCCCUGCACCACCCUACACCCCAGCCAGGUCGAGGUGGUGGGGGGAUCCGCCCUCAGCAGGGGCUCCCAGGGUUGGGUCCAAGCUCAUCCCAGGCCUCUUCUCCAAGAUGCAGCCUGAGCCGGGAAGGGCCCUCCCUCCCCCACCUGCCCCCUGGCGUCUCUAUAAAUAGCCCGGCUUCGGCUUCGGAAGGAGUGAGCUUGUCACCCUCUGGCAGGCACUGCCCUUCAUAUCCCCUCCCCCCAGGCCGUCCUCGGAGUGCAGCUGGUGGUGACCCUGCUCACCGCCACCCUCAUGCACAGGCUGGCGCCGCACUGCUCCUUCGCGCGCUGGCUGCUCUGCGAUGGCAGUCUCUUCCGAUACAAGCACCCAUCCGAUGAAGAGCUUCGCGCCCUGGUGGGGAAGCAGAGACCCCGAGGCAGGAAGGAGCGUCCUGCGCUUCUUCCUGGAGUACCAGUGGUUCGUGGACUUCGCUGUGUACUCGGGAGGCGUGUACCUCUUCACAGAGGCCUACUACUACGUGCUGGGCUCGGCCAAGGAGACCAACAUCGCUGUGUUCUGGUGUUUGCUCACCGUUGCCUUCUCCGUCAAGGUGUUCCUGACCGUGACCCGGCUGUACUUCAGUGCGGAGGAGGGGGGUGAGCGCUCCGUCUGCCUCACCUUCGCCUUCCUCUUCCUGCUCCUGGCCAUGCUGGUGCAGGUGGUGCGGGAGGAGACCCUCGAGCUGGGCCUGGAGCCAGGCCUGGCCAGCAUGACCCAGAACUUGGAGCCACUUCUGAAGACGCAGGGCUGGGACUGGGCGCUCCCUCUGGCCAAGCUGGCCAUCCGCGUGGGGCUAGCGGUCAUGGGCUCCAUGCUGGGCGCCUUCCUCACCUUCCCCGGCCUGCGGCUGGCCCAGACCCACCGGGACGCCCUGACCAUGUCAGAAGAUCGGCCCAUGCUGCAGCUCCUUCUGCACACCAGCUUCUUGUCCCCUCUGUUCAUCCUGUGGCUCUGGACCAAGCCCAUUGCACGGGACUUCCUGCACCAGGCGCCCUUUGGGGGAACACCCUACUCCCUGCUGUCGGACUCUGUCUUCGACUCGCUGCGCCUCUGGGUGCUGGUGGUGCUGUGUCUGCUGCGGCUGGCGGUGACCCGGCCCCACCUGCAGGCUUACCUGUGCCUGGCCAAGGCCCGCGUGGAGCAGCUGCGGCGGGAGGCCGGUCGCAUCGAGGCCCGUGAGAUCCAGCGGCGGGUGGUGCGGGUCUACUGCUACGUGACGGUGGUAAGUCUGCAGUACCUGACGCCGCUCAUCCUCACGCUCAACUGCACGCUGCUGCUCAAGACGCUGGGUGGCUACUCCUGGGGCCUGGGCCCGGUCCCCCCGCUGUCUCCCGCCCCGUCCUCCGGCAGUGAUAGCCCGGACGGCCCGUGGGAGGACGAGGCCCAGCAGACGGCGGCCCGGAUCGCCGGGGCCCUGGGCGGCCUGCUCACGCCCCUCUUCCUCCGCGGCGUCCUCGCCUUCCUCAUCUGGUGGACCGCCGCCUGCCAGCUGCUCUCCAGCCUCUUCGGCCUCUACUUCCACCAGCACCUGGCGGGCUCCUAACCGCUUGCGGGACACAGGCGCCCCCUCCGCGUGCGCCUCACUGCCCAGGUGCAAGGGGGCCUGGGAGUCCCCUCUGUGCCCGUCCCUUCACCGCAGUGCCUGAGCCAUGACCCCCUUUGACCCUCAGCUUCGGCCUCGAAACUGUCUCCUCUGGGCCAGGUGGCAGAGGAUCCCAUGGCCAUUGCGGUUUGACGACAGAGGGAGGGGCAAUCUUCUGAACAAAUAAAGGAGCAGGCCGCUUUUUACAACAGGAUUCAAGUGGUUUGGGAGGCGGCCUCCUGUGUGUCCGUGUGGGGAGUAAGAAGUGCAGAGAUGAGGAAAGGGGGGGAAAUGGACCGAUGUCAAGAGGAAAAGCCACCAGUGGGACUGGAGGAGAGACGUUAGGGGGAGAAGGAAGAGACCAGAAAGAGGAGGGGAGUCACCUGUGAAAGGGAAAGUGAUGAGGGGGAGGGAGGAGAAAAGACUGGGAGAGGGGAGUGUGAGGACCAGAGAAUGAAGCCCUCCGACAGACUGCAGGGGAGGGAGCGCGCAGGGAAGGGAACGUGCAGGGCAAGGAUGGGAGGGGAAACCAGGGGGAGAAUGGAGGGAGGGGAAGAGGGUGACCCAGGCCCUCUGCCACAGGGAUGCAGGGGCUGCUUCCAGGUAAAAGUCACACGCAGAAAAAUGGGUACGCUGUUGAGGUCGUGGUGACCCAGGGAAGGAGGGUGAGGGGCGGCAGUGACCCGGGAAUUUUCCUGUUGCUGUGGCCACACCCAGUGUGUGUGCAUGUACGUUAUCAUAACCCAAACGUGGAUUAUGGAACCUUUUUGGUAUUUAUAAAAUGUAUAUUAAGAAUAAAAAAGAUGAGUCACAGCCA